GAUUCCACCUUUGACAGUACACCUCAUCCUUCCUUUGUCUGGGCAUCGACUCGGCCUUCGACCAGCGUUCUGGUCUCGCGAGCCAGCAGCUCAUCUGGCGUUUGGAAACAUCUAUCCCCUUCUCCAUGUCAUUCCCCUUCUCCCCUAACAUUGUCAUCGCAACAGUCCGUUUAAGAAGGAUCUUGUAAAUAUGCCCAAGCGACCUUCUCGUCUUGAGGAUUUCUUCUCUCGUACGCCUCGUGCCGGUCCAAGCAGGACUCAGCGGCAGCCAUCUGAGCUCACCGAUGACACCCGUCACUCCUCACCACCCGACGCUAUGGACUCCGAGGGCUCGCAGGGCUUGGCAACCAUCAAGCUCACACAACAGCAUUCACCCGCGAAGAAGACUGUUGUCAGCAGAAAGCGAGCUCGACGCGCGCAUCCAGUCAGCAGUGAUGACGAACAGUCUCUUGAGUAUGAAGCUCCGUCUCGCUCUCCAAAGAAGACACCCGUGCCACCACGAUCUCAGGUAGUCCAGGACAGCGACGACGAACCUCUUCAAAUCCCCAGGAGCAGCGCCCACAAAAAGAAGCCGCAACCUGUCAUCGAGCAGGCAAGCUUACGAAGUACUCGGUCUCGCUUAUCGCACAAACCCUCCAGUCAGAUCUCAUCUCAUCGUGACGACCUCAACAGGAAUCGAAUCGCAUCUCAACGUGCAGAUAUGACGUCCCCAUCAAUCACCACUCAUGCUACACAUCGUCGAAGGGUCCCCUCUGUUGAUAUCGAGCCGUGGUCAGCAUCGUAUUUAAAGCAAUAUGUCACCUGGCCCAGCCAAGUGGUCUCGGAAUCUGAGGAGACUGAGGAGACGCGGCACGAUGAGCCAGAGAGGUGUGCGAAGCGGGCCUCGCGCCAAGACUUUGUGAACAGUAAUCACAGCUCGCCCAUCAAGACACCGGCAAUACUAUCGCCUUCUUCACCUAUAGUGGAAGCUGCAAUUGAGGCAGGGAGUCCUGAGAGCUCCGAAUCUCCUGAUACUCGUUCAGCAAAGAAGCGGCCUGGCAAGAUUGCUGGAACGAAGUCCGCGAAACGAUCCCGUCGUCCUUCCCCAAAGGCCAUCUCCUCCGACUCCUCAGACGAGGCUGUUGUUCGGCGACCGAGGCCCCGACCUGAACCUGCCUCACAUUCAAGGCGAAAAGGUUCACAACGAUCCCCCACAAAGUCUCGUCAUCUUCACCGAAGUCGCGAAGACCCCGACGAGGACGAGGCAGCUGUGACUGAUGUCGAGGAUGUAGACGACCUUCAUCUGGACGAGCCUGAAAGGUUCAAAACGAAAUCUCGCCUGCGUCAGAGAAAAGAGACAGCGUUCCAGAGGCGGAUCCGAAAGCUGAAAGAGCGACGAGAGGGCAUCGUGGGAUCCUCCACAGAGGAGGAGACCAGCGAAGAUGACCCACGACCGAUCCGAACAGCACCAAAACCUCAAGACUUCAUUGUUGACGAUGGCGAAGAGCUGGAGGAAGGGCUCAUGCCACCUGAGUUCUCCAUGGAUUCGACCCAGACUCCAGAGUACAAAUUCAAGGUCGUCUUUCACUGGCUGCUCUUGCUUGUCAUGGAUCGUCAAGCUGCACUCCAUCUUCGGCCGGAUACGAUCAACUAUUUCAUGCCUCGAGUGGAUGAUCUCCGUCGUAAGAUGGAUGGCUAUCGGGAGUCGAGAGUCCGAGGCCAGAUCUGGCACGCAGAGCUUGUUCGAAAUCUCCAAAAAUAUCCCGUGUUUCAUGUCGAUUUCCUGGAUAUGAAAGAACUUGGUUGUGAUGUGUGUCAUGUCUCCACCAAAUAUUCGCCGUAUUUGGCGAGUCUUGAGGGACAGCCAUACGACCCGAAGACACACGAAGAUUUGAACCGAGGAUCAGAUGAUGAAGAGGAAAGUGACGAGUCUUCGGAUGCGAGCGAGACCUUUGCCGGUCGUACGGAGAAGCGGCGGUAUCUCAUGGGACGAUUCUGCAGACGCCGUGUACAGGUUUACCAUCAGAUGGUUCAUUGGGAACACGUCCUGUACCAUCGCAUCAGAGAAUAUUUUCGUGAUCUUUUGCGAGCGAAUCGUGUCGAUUUGUCCUCAGAUUCGGAAGCUUCCAGCCAGGAGUCUGAACCUGAAGAGGAAAGGGCAGAGAAACAAGAGCGUCGUCGCCGGCGUGAAAUCCGGCGACGCCAGACUGCGACGAGAGUGAAUAAGCUCAAAGACGAGAAGGCGACCAGUGUGAAGUGGAAGAGCGUCGACAAGGUCCUCCUGUGGAUGGAUCAGGACAUGGGAUACCAAGCCAAGUUUCGAUGGGUAGAAGAGCUGAUCGAGAAGAGCGAGAUGCUGGAGAAGGACAAAUCCAAGGACGAUUAAGACGUUUGUACACGCCGCUUCUCUGCGUGCGUCAUAAUGACUAUCAUGUAUCAUAUUGCUGGGUG